AGCCGCGGCGCGUCUCUGUGGUGAGGGGCGGGGCUUGGGCGAAGAUGGCGGCGCUCGCGGCUGCAGCCGAACCUCAGGCGUCUGGGGGUCCUCGCUCCCCGGUGUGUCUGCUGGUGCUAGGGAUGGCGGGAUCCGGGAAAACCACCUUUGUGCAGAGGCUCACAGGACACCUGCAUAGCCAGGGUUCUCCACCCUACGUGAUCAACCUGGACCCCGCUGUGCACGAAGUCCCCUUUCCUGCCAAUAUUGAUAUCCGUGACACUGUGAAGUAUAAAGAAGUCAUGAAGCAAUAUGGACUUGGGCCCAAUGGUGGCAUAGUGACCUCACUUAAUCUCUUUGCUACCAGAUUUGAUCAGGUGAUGAAAUUUAUCGAGAAGGCCCAGAACAUGUCUAAAUAUGUCCUGAUUGACACACCUGGGCAGAUUGAAGUAUUCACGUGGUCAGCCUCUGGGACAAUCAUUACUGAGGCCCUGGCAUCUUCAUUUCCAACAGUUGUCAUCUACGUAAUGGACACAUCACGAAGUACUAACCCAGUGACCUUCAUGUCCAAUAUGCUCUAUGCCUGCAGUAUCUUAUACAAAACCAAACUGCCUUUCAUUGUGGUCAUGAAUAAAACUGACAUCAUUGAUCACAGCUUUGCCGUGGAGUGGAUGCAGGAUUUUGAGGCUUUCCAAGAUGCCUUGAAUCAAGAAACUACAUAUGUCAGUAACCUGACUCGUUCUAUGAGCCUGGUGCUAGAUGAGUUUUACAGCUCACUCCGGGUGGUGGGUGUCUCCUCUGUUCUGGGUACUGGCUUAGAUGAACUGUUUGUCCAUGUCACCAGUGCUGCGGAAGAAUAUGAAAGGGAGUAUCGUCCUGAAUAUGAACGUUUGAAGAAAUCACUGGCCACUGCACAGAGUCAACAGCAAAAGGAACAGCUGGAACGCCUGCAGAAAGACAUGGGCUCUGUGUCCUUGGACAUGGGAGCUGCCAAAGACAGUCUGUCUCCAGUGCUGGACCCUUCUGACUUGAUUCUGACUCGAGGAACCUUGGAUGAAGAGGAUGAGGAAGCUGACAGCGAUACUGAUGACAUUGACCACAAAGUUACAGAAGAAAGUCAUGAAGAGCCAGCAUUCCAGAAUUUCAUGCAAGAAUCAAUGUCACAGUACUGGAAGAGAAAUGACAAAUAGAAGACUUCAGGCAACUCUGUUUCUAGGAGUCUGCAACUUUGGGACUCCAGCUGGAGAUGACUGUGAAGGAGAGUUUUGUUCAGAGUAGCGGUUUCUCUUAAGGAAAUCUUGUGGCUCCAAUGUAAUCAGUGAUAAAAGCUGCCUGGUCUUCAGGCAGAUGCUGGUUCUCCCUUGGCCUGUUCCUGGUGUUAUGCAGGAAAGGACUGAACUGACUGUUCUUGGAAGUCGAUUCUCUUCAAACCUAAGUUCAAGUUUUAUCAUUUGAACUCGAGUACUUUUGCUGCUGAUGUAUGGAAAUAACUUGGGUUUCCUCGUGACUACUUUAAGAUCUCUUUCUGAACUGGAGCUCUGGUUGCUGCUUACCGACAUCCUGCCCUUGACCCUGUGUGAGGAGCUGCCUGUUGGCAGACUUGCAGAGGGGAAGCCUGAGCGGGGUCACAGUGGCAGUGCAUUCCCCUAAGCAACCAGUCAUGUAGAUCCUAGCACAGGUUUGUUAAAGUGGGGAAAACAUGUUUAAUGAGUAAGAAUUCCGUUGCAGUGGUGACUUGGAUAAAGAUGUUUUAACAUUAUUGUAACCUGCCUGUAACAAUUUCAUAUCAGAAAGUAAUUUAAUCAGAUUCAAUUCUCCUGCUCAAUAUGAGGCUUAUUAUUAAAGCCACAUGUCCAAAUCUG